CUUGACCCCUCCGCCUUCCCGUAGUUGCCCGCUCCCCGCUAAGGCAGAGGUGCCAACCGGGCUAUGGUACCGCGGACCCUCUGGCUGCGGACUCUCCGUUCCGCCCGCCUUGUCGCAGGCGCAGCCGCGCCGCUUAGUCCUCGGAGCCCCCUCGGCCCGCGGGCGCCUCCUGCGGAGAGGCGGGGGCCGCGUGGUGCCUGGGUCGCCAUGGCAGCUCGAGAGCGUUCGCCUCCCCGCAGGGCGGGAUCCCAUGGGCUGGAGGCGGAGGCCCCGGGCGAAGCCGGAGAGAACGGGCAGCCUCUCUCGACAAGCAGCCAGCUCUUGCAGCAGACCGAUGGAAGGCAAAUUGUGGAGCGGAAGAAAAAGCAAAGAAAAAAACGAAAAGAGGAGUCCCGCCGUCUUGAUGAUUCUGUAUGUUGCUUGAUGAUGGAAAUGCCAUUUGCCAAAGCAGAUAUUGAAGAUGAAUUUAGCAAUAAAAACGCAGCUAAACCAUAUGUUAAAAAGACGAGAAAGAGAACUACUGGGAGGGAGAGUGAGGAAGACAAUCUAAUAAAGAAGAAAAAGAAAAACCAAGAUAAACCAAAUUACUUCAUCUCAGUUCCAAUCACAAAUCCAAAGAUCACAGACACUAUUCAGCUGCUCCAGGAUAAAAUAAUACAAAAGGAUAACAGGCUUUCUAAAGCAAUGGUUCAUUGUGGUCUACAUUUGGCCAGUGAAGAAGCAGUUGACAAUGCGGUUGGUGCUUUCAUGGCGAGUAAAGAUUUAAUUGAAGAACUACUGCAAGGAAAGCCAUUGGAUCUGUCUUUUCAAGGAACCGAUCACUUUAGACAUCAAGUUGGAUUUGUGAAGUUGACUGACAGUGAUCAUGCAACCACUCUUUUAAAGAUAGCAGAUAUUGUGAGGAAGCUAUUUAAAGAAAAGGGCAUCGUCACAGGAGAUGAUAAAGCUUUUAAGCCUCACUUGACCUUCAUGAAGCUGUCAAAAUCACCAAAACUACGAAAACAGGGAGUGAAAAGAAUUGACCCAACCUUAUUUGAGAAUUUCAAAAACCAUCAUUUUGGAGAUGAAUCUAUGAAGCGUCUAGAUCUUUGCUCAAUGUUGAAAAAGAAGCAGCCUAAUGGCUACUAUCACUGUGAGUCCUCUAUCAUAGUAGGUGAAAAGAAAGGGGCAGAGCCAGAUGAUGCAGAAUUGCUGAGCCUCAGCAAAAGGCUGGUGGAGAAUGCAGUCCUCAAGGCGGUGCAGCAGUAUCUAGAAGAAACCCAAAACAAAAACAGACUGACUGAUUUUGAAAGCCCAGUGAAAACUGAGGAAGCAGCCAUUGGCAAUUGCAAGGAAAGUGAGAAUGACAAUAGAAAAUGAGUGCUUUGAAGGAGGCCAAGAAGGCAUGAUCCAGCUACAAAUACCCACGACUCUGCUCCCUGGAUCAGCUCUGCCGAGCUAUCCUGGCUGACUUGAGUUGUGAUUUGUGAUUGUCUGUUAGCAGGCACCUCGUCUGAACAGAGGGAUGCUAAUUUACAGAGCUUCAUGAUAACAAAUAUCAAGGCUGAUAAGAAUAAAAAAACAAACUACUGAAUGAUGGGAAAGACGGCAAGACAGAGAGGGCCAGAAGGAUGGAGAGAUCUGACUACUAAAGUGCCAGCUUCGUUGUGUUCUCAGCUGCAGAAAA